AUGGUUUCAGAACCGGAGAAUGAAAUUCAAGUACACUAUGGUGCAAAACCCCAAUCUCAAAGGCAGGUUAAAAUUGAGAGUGAAGGCAGCAUCGGUGAAAUCUGA